UAAACUUAAUUGAAAAUGUUUGUAAUAACAAUCUUUAUUUAACUGAACAAGUUUGUAUUCUCACAACACAGUUUGAAAUGGAUCGUUGGCAAGGUAAAGUCGCUGUAGUUACUGGUGCAGGUAGUGGAAUUGGUGCUACAAUCGCAAAAGACCUUCACCAUGAAGGAAUGUGUGUUGUUGCAUUGGAUCUUUGCGGAAAUCGCUUGGAGGAUAUUCGUAAUAGUAUAGCAUUUGAGGAAAGAUCCCGAUUUUAUAUCAAAUGUUGUGAUGUUCAAGACGAAGAACAAGUCAAGGAAGCUUUUGCUUUUGUAGAAAGUGAAUUAGGAGGUGUUGAUGUCCUCGUAAAUAAUGCUGGAAUUGUGAAAUCGACAGAGUUAUUGAAACUAGACAACACUGCAGAUAUAAAAUUGUCUCUAGAUACAAAUGUCUUGGGAGUAGUUUUGUGCACAAGAGAAGCAUUUCGGUCGAUGAAAGAACGAGGAGGCGAUGGACAUGUUGUACUCAUAAAUAGCACUGCUGGUCAUAUUACGCCGAAUAUACCAGAAUUACCCUCUUUGAAUAUUUACCCUGCAACAAAAUAUGCUAUCACAUCAAUGACUGAGGUUUAUAGACAGGAAUUCUCGAGGCAUGGUACAAAAAUUCGCAUAACUAGUGUAAGCCCAGGCGCAGUGGAUACUGAAAUGUUUCCAGAUCAUCUAAUUGACAAGAUACGAGCCAGCAUGCCAAUGUUAAAAACUAAGGAUGUGUCAAGCGCUGUACUCUAUGCUCUAGCAGCACCACCACACGUUCAGGUAAAAUUUAAAUAGAAUUUAACAAUUUUUAGAUAAAGUAAUGUAAUUCACAUAUUUAUUAAAUUUAUGUUUUUAUUUCUUUUUAAUUUAUUUAUCCAGGUGCACGAAAUUAUCCUGAAACCUAUUGGAAAAAAUUGCUUUUAGCUACGGUAGUAUGAUUUCUUUUC